AUGGAGAGUAAAGCUCAGGCAGCUGAGGCCCUAUCAGGUCGGUCCAAAGGCCAGCCGGCCCUCGACGCCGCCAUACGAGCUGUCGAGCUAUAUAUGGCUGCUGCUGCACAGGCCUCUAUCAAGUCAGAAAGAGCACGCCUGCGUCGAAAGUGCCAAGAGCUCAUACAGUAUGCGGAGCGACUCAAGUCCCAGUUGGCCUCCAAUAUGUCUCCAGAUGAAGUAAUUAUCAAGGAUGCAUCACAGCUACAUGGCAAUGAUUUCCCCCCUUGGGAAGGCGAUCCCCCUGAAACUGAGUUUCGAGUUUCCUCGGACGGGCGCCUCUUUGAGGAUGAUACUGUUUUUACUUUUUCGCCGGCCCAGAAUGAAUCCUUUGGGGGUUGGAAGCGUCCGGUCGAUAUUUUCUUCCCGAAAAGCACUCGUAGGGGGGAUAGGGACGACCUAGAUGACCUCUUCUUUUUUGCCCGACCCGAAACCUGCGACCUGGUACAGGAUGCGACGACGGAUUGCUCAGUUGUAGCAGGGUUGUCUGCUGCCGUAAACAUUCUCAUCGGCAAGCGCUCGAUCCUCUCAUCUAUAUUCUAUCCCUUUGAUCAUGCCAAGGGGCGCCCGAUCCGAUCUACCUCUGGAAAAUAUAUCAUGCGACUUAAUUUCAAUGGUUGCCUCCGCAAGGUCGUCGUGGACGAUAGGCUUCCAGCCUCCCUGACCGAGAGGACUUUCUUUGUUGUCGACCGCAAGAACAAGAAUCUUCUGUGGCCUGCUCUACUGGAGAAAGCCUAUCUUAAAAUCCGCGGAGGUUAUGAUUUCCCAGGCAGCAACUCGGGAACGGACCUUUGGGUUCUAACCGGAUGGAUACCGGAGCAACUUUUCCUACAAAGGGAAGAUUUAGACAUAAAUGAUGUGUGGAUCAGGGUAAAGGCCGCCUACGAUUCGCACGAUGUUGUCAUCACCAUAGGGUCUGGUUGCAUAUCCCCCGAAGAGGAAGAAGCAACUGGCCUCAUCGGCGAGCAUGACUACGCCAUACAAGGCUUACGUGAAGAAGGCGAAGCCCGAUAUCUUCUUGUAAAGAAUCCAUGGUGCAAUGGAUCUGUCUGGACCGGUGUUUGGCGAUCGCUAGCCGCGGAACCAACUCCCAGGCUUUCGAGCUCCAAGGAUGCCCCAAAUUUGGAAUCUAGUAGCGAGCAUCAAACGCCUGGCUCUUGGUGGGUGUCAUUGGAGGACGUGGCACAAACUUUUGAGUCUAUGUACCUCAAUUGGAACCCGGACCUCUUCUCCAAUAGGCAACAGCGUCAUUUUUCCUGGCAUAUGCCCCCGUCCCAUUUAGCUUCAACCUUGGCUGAAAACCCUCAGUUCUCGAUUACUUCCCCAGAUGGCGGGCCAGUUUGGGUCCUCGUUAGCCGCCAUUUCCAAAAUGCCGAGCUAGAAAUAGCGAGGAGGAGAACAGACUCAAUGGCAGCUGUUGCAAGGCAACUCGGAUUCAUGAGCAUACUUGUCUUUGACUCAAACGGGGAGAGGGUCCAAGUCAGCGGCGAAGAGACUUACCGCGGCCCCUAUGUCGACUCGCCACAGACACUUGCGCGCCUGAACACGACUGCCGGAAAAAGAUAUACCGUUGUUCUGGACCAACACGAAUUUCCGCUCAAAAAGUACACCUUCACUUUGGCGGCCUUCUCUCAUUCUCAGCUACAGGUCAAGGAGGCCACAGAGCCCAUGUCGUUUUUCAAAGAAGAGCUAGGCACAUGGAACAGACGGACUGCCGGUGGCAAUAGUGCCUGUGCGACCUUCUACACUAAUCCCCAGUACUGCCUCUCCGUGCCAGAAGCAACGCCACUGUCGAUACUGAUAUCGACAGAUGACAAGGACGUGCAUAUCCACGUAGACCUGGUCUGGGGCCACGGCAAGCGCGUAACCAGCAUCAGGGUGAAAGACCUUAUCUCGUCGUCAGGAGAAUACCGCCGGGGAUGUGCCGUGGCCAAGACGCCCCAUAUCGAUGCCGGGGAAUACACAGUCGUCUGCUCGACGUUCGAUGCCGGCUGCCUAGCCUCGUUUGGCCUACGCGUGGCAUCUAAGGCAGCCAUAGAGCUCAAGCCUAUUCCCAUCGACGCUGCGGGCCGCCUACGCACCCCGCUACCACCACUCGCACUAGACGAGGGCAUGGAGGGCAUCCAGUGUCCCCUGAAUGCAAAUUGGCUGACCCGGGCCAGCGCUUCCAUCCAUAAGCGUCACCGUUCUGUCCAGCAACAGAAACAGCAGCAACACAGCGGCGGUACUGUCUUUGUCCGCCUGUCGGUCGUAUACGGCCGGGGGCCCAAUCAGGUCACUGUCGCUAUCUCCGGUGAAGGUAAUUUCCAGGACCCCUGCUCCACAGCUGUGCGCACACCAGAGUUCGACAUCGAGCCCGAGAGAGCCCGCGCAGAGGGCAUCUGGGUCGUGGUCGAGAUCAUGGGUCAGCAUAGAGGUGUCGAUGGGCUCGAGGUUGAGCUGUCCAGUGAUUUACCAGCGCAAGUAGGACACUGGGAGGAGUUCUGA